AUGGAUAAAUUUGUUGUUCGUUCGAAACGAAAGAAAGAUGAAGAAGAGAGUCCAAAUUGUCAGACUAGGACUGCAAUUGACGAUAGUGGAGAAUCAUCCAAGACUGAAGCUUCUACGACAACGUCAAGUAAUGCAUCGUUAUGUACACAGCACCACCACCCUUACCCAGAUAUCGAGUCUUUUCAACACCAACAAAUAAUACCUGACAAGAAGAAGAUUGCUAUCUUAACACAAACAUGGACGGAGAGUCACAGCAUUAAAUUUCCCGCACGUUUAUUUGGAAAGAAGAACAGAAGAUUCCAAGCAACUUGGCUCAAAGAUUUCCACUGGAUGCGGUACUCUACAUCAACAGACUCCGUUUUCUGUGCAUAUUGUGUCCUUUUUACAAGUGUAGAUGCUAAGGAGAAAUCGUUCUCAGCUUCGGCGAUAACAGAUUGGAAAAAUCUGCUAUCCCUGGCUAGGUAUCAUGAAAAUCUGUCCCAACACAGAGGUUCUUUAAUAGCUGGAGAAGAUUUCCUUCGCGUGAAGAAAGACAAGAGCGAUUCCGUCGCGAGCAUGAUAUCGUCAAGUCAUAAGAAGGUCGCUGCCGAUAACAGAUAUGGUUUAAUGAAAAUUUUCGAAGUCAUACUGCUAUGUGGACGACAAAACAUACCAAUAAGAGGUCAUGUAGAGGAAAGAAGCAACUUUAUUGCUAUUCUACACGAAAUAGCUAGAAAUGAUGACAAGCUCUCGGACUGGCUGGCGUUUCGCGCAGGAAGUCGGACGACAUACUUGUCGCCUGAAAUCCAGAAUGAGAUAAUUAAAAUUGUGGGGCAACAGGUGCAGGAUAGCAUUAUCGACGCCUGUCGUGAGGCUAAAUACUUCGCUAUUAUUGCUGACGAAUGCACGGAUGUUUCUACGAAAGAGCAAUUGUCUUUGUGUGUUAGGAUCUUAGAUAAGAAAAACGAUAUCAUCAGCAUACGAGAAGAAUUUAUUGGUUUUAAACAUGCCAAAAGUGUAAAAGGUGUUGCCAUUUCUAAUACGAUCGUUGAGUUUCUUGAACAUGUAAACCUUGAUAUAAGGAAUCUCCGUGCCCAGUGUUAUGACGGCGCCGCGAAUAUGUCCGGCAAGUAUAAUGGUGUGCAGGCAAAAAUAUUAGAGCAAUCGUCAGAAGCUUCCUACAUCCACUGCAAGGCACACCAACUAAAUCUUGCACUCGUUCAUAGUAGUAAGGAACUUUGUGUUAGAAACAUGAUGUCGACUGUACAAGAAAUAGCAUUCAAAUUUGAUUAUUCGGCUAAAAGCUUGACUGCUUUCACUGAAGAACUGUCAGAAAAUGAAAACGUUCAAGACCAACUAGAACGCCGAACAAAGUUGAGAACACUGUGUGAAACUCGUUGGUCAAGCCGGGCAGAUUCGCUGUAUACAUUUCGAACAGCAUUUGAAGUUGUUGUCUCUUCCCUGAAUUCACUUAAAGACGACAACGAUGACAAAGCAGCACAGAGUAUGAAUGCGAUACUUCGAUUUGAAUUUAUUAUUAGUCUUGUUGUUGCUGAACACAUAUUGAGCGCAACAGUCGCCUUGACAAAUUACUUACAGAAAACCGAUAUUGAUUUGAUUGAAUCUUUGACAGAGGCUAAAAUUGUAAUUCAAAGGCUUUCCGAUGAAAGAGGUGAUGAUACAGUUUGGGAGUCCUUGUUUGCAAGAGCAACAGAUAUUGCAGCAGAACACGACAUCCAGCCAUCAGUUCCGCGUGUGGCUAGACGUCAACGACACAGAGCUCACCAUCCAAUUCUUGAGCCGUCAGACUAUUGGAGAGUUUCGUUAUACUACGUGUUUCUCGACCACUUGGUUGCUGAGAUUACAAAGCGGUUGAUUAGCAACGAGGAACGCUUCCUUGCCUCUUAUUUCAUUCCGGCCAAAUUAGGGAACUUGACUCCAGAAAUAGCAGACAAAAUUUACAACUCUUACCGUUCGGAUUUAGGUGAUAAAAAAAAAAUUGAUGAUGAGAUAACACGAUGGAAAGCCCGUUGGCGUAUUGAAGACAACAGACCAGAUAGACUUCUUGGUGUCCUUAACGUAACAAACGCCGAUCUGUACCCUUCAGUGUAUAGGAUUAUUUGGAUUUUAUUGACAAUGCCUGUUUCAUCGGCAACUAGUGAAAGAUCAUUCAGCGCGAUGAGACGCGUGAAAUCCUACCUGAGAUCGACAAUGGGAGACGAACGACUUUCAAAUUUAUCUCUUCUUCAUAUUCACCGACACCUCAAUGUUGAAAUUGAUGCGAGUAUUACUGAUUUUAUCGGCAGGAAAAACCGUCGACUUGACUUUGAGUAA